AAGUGCAGGAGCAGUAAAGUUAGCACGCGGUUUGAUCUCAGGCCAAGAAUUUUGAAUCAUGUCUCAAGUUGAAGAGGGUUUAACGUUUAUUACUGAAGGAGGUUUGUCCCCUGAUCCGAACUCUAACGGGGUAGAGAAUUACGGGACAGAGGAACGUCAAGACAGGAGAUCAACACCCGAUAAACGUGACGAUGUUAAACCACCAGAAACUGAAAACAGGAGCAGAAUGCUCCCGGUUGAAACUGUGGAACUUUUACCGACUGAAAUUACCAUAGACCACACCAGCCCUGUCGCUGGGGAAGCUGUUGAGACCCUGCCUGUUGAAUCUGUUGACAGUCUUCCUGCUGAAUCUGUUGACAAUCUUCCUGCUGAAUCUGUUGACAAUCGUCCCACUGACUCUGCCAAUGACACUUCUGAAGAAUCGGGUGAUAAUCGCCCUGGAGAAAUCAUUGAGAGCCACUCUAGUGAUCCCGUAAAUGAUCGUCCCGAUGAAAAUAUGCCUGAUGAAUCCAUUGACAAGCUUCCUGUUGACAAUUCCGAUAGCCGACCGGGCGAUAACACGGACACCCGCCCUGCCGAAGAUGUUGAUAGUUUGCCAAACGACACCGUGGACAAUUUGCCUGUUGAUUCCGUUGAUCAUCUUCCUGCCGAUGACGGUGACGACACACAAAAGAUCAAACCAAUUACACUUUGGCCUAACGAGAAAUACAGCACGGAGUAUCCUUUCCUGCCGGACUUCAUUGUGCGUCUUUAUACUGAGGAAUACGACGUAGCAGGGACACGCAAAAGCGGCAAUAAGCUUAGUAUGCGUCACCGAUGCCGGUCCACUCCCAAUACGUCUGACCUGGCCAAAAUGGAGAGAGAGUUUGUCAACGAUGCCAUCAUUACGGAGAAGAAGCGGACAAAGUACAAAGACAUAAUCCCGCCGUAUGAUGCUUCUCGUGAUAAAAAUGCACGAGCUUACUUUAUGCGACAAGACGUUAAGCAUUUAUUAGGUGUGACGCGAAGUGCGAGAUAAUAUGGACCUGAUCAGUAUGGAAGCCGGUUAAGGUCACUAUUCCAACAUCGCUUCAUAACAUCGUCUUAAGAUGCUCUCACCUCCCCCCCCCCCCCCCACCGUUAGAUGUGAUUUGCCCCAUCUCCCCCCUCCCACCUAGACACUAUUAGGGAUGACACUGCGAUGCUGAAUGCGAUGUUACAAUGUUACCAUGAUGACCUUAUACGACUUCCAUAUGAGAGUGACUUAUGGUUGUUUGCUUUCUGGGAAUUAAUCUGAUUAACAUCUUUUGGAUCUCUGCUUCUUUGGGGUAAUUUAAAUAUCGCUGUUCGCUCGAAGAUCUUUCUCAGUGUUACUUAUAUUAAUGAUUUAGCCUUUUACAGACUUGUACUUUUAUAUUGGUAAACCUAGGUACAAGUUUUUUGCUUUACUUUUUAAAAAAUAUAUAUGUAGCAUUCAGCUUAAUCACUCCAAACAUAAAUUUUAUGAUACACCAUCUGCCGUAUUGUUUGACUUUUUACUUAAAGCGUAAUUCUUAGUAAAGUGAAUCUGUAAACAGGUCGGAAUGGAUAUGAUUAAUAUUUGUAUUGAAGUCGUGAUUUUUCCAAGCAAUUUUUUUAAAAUGAAAGAUUUGCUUAGUCGUUGUGUUGUUCAAGAUAUUAUGCACAACAUUACAUGCUAGAUACCAAAACAUCGUUUUUACUUGUUUAAGCAUAUCUGAUAUUUGGUUUACAAGAUAACCUGAUGUGAAUGAGAAGUCACUCAUAUUGUGAGUGUAUAAUUUAAUAUAAUGUGAGUGUAAAUUUUCGUCAAAAAACAUGACUGAUAUGUCACCGUGAUGUGGCAGAACUUUGUUGAUAAUAUAUCAGAAUAUCACAAUGUCUCUAUUGCUUAAAGUAACUAUAUUGUGCCUUCAGUGUUCUCUGUAUCAUAUGCCUCAUGUGCUUGCUAAUGAUCUAUCAGAAAGUCUA